UUUGAACAUAUUUCACAUUGCUGUUAAACAAAGACACAUUUUCACAAUGAAGUGAACCUAAUUUAAUGUUUUUUUGUAAUAUUCUGGUAUUUUCUGAAGGCAUGCUGUCCAUUCUAUAUAUAGAUUUGAGUUGUAAAAUAUAUAUAGAAUAGCUAAGAUCCCACAUAUUAUAGGAUGGACCAAUAAUUAGAUAUCCCCACCCUAUAUGCACACAUAUUCAAAUGAAAAAUGAAGACAUUAUUUUAUACAAAGCAUGCUUUUUUUGUCUUAAGAAAGAAGAAACAUUUGCACAUGUCUCUUUAUUAUGAUUUGCAGAAAACUGUGAUGCAGUUUUUGUAUUUGCAUUUGAGGAAGGAGGCGGUGUGUAAACAGAAAGAGGAAGUGAAGAAACAGGAAGAGGAAGGAAAGGUGACAGAAUCAAAUAUAGUAUUUUAUUUUAGGAAUCAUUCAUUUUAAUUUAAAGAUGCAGAGGCUCCUGAGUGAUGGAGGAAAGGAAAAGGAAGGGAUGAAGGGAACAAGGAAAGGAGGCGAGGAGGCGAGGAGAGGAGGGAGGAGUAAAUCAGUGUUGGAGACUGACGCGGAAGGAGAAGCAGAGGAGGAAGAAGAAGAAGAAGAAGAAGAAGAAGAAGAAGACGAAGGAAACCCCAAAAUGAAAGCCCCCCUCUUCACACUUGUUGAAUAACGUUUACCUUCCAGACUCGCAGAAGCAGCUUUUUCACCGUUUCCUCCCCGGCCUGCAGUGCCUCUUUUCCGGAUCCGGACGUGCAGGGCUGCCUGCAUGGCUGCGUGCUUUGACUGAAAUAAUCAUUUCAAAGACACUUCACCCUGCAUCCAGCUCCACUGGGUCGAUAUUUGUCAUCUUUUAUUCAUUCGGCUUCCCGAGCAAAGGGAAAAGCUCCUGGAACCACACGGAGCUGGGAGAUCUGUCCGCGGGCUUUGGGUCUCUAUUCGCGGCGUGGAGGGAGAUAUCUCCAUAGUCAGAAGACUAAAAAAGGCUUUUAAACCGAGUAGCCGAGCACUACCUUCCCUGGAAUACAUGCUGUGCUUUUAACAAGGUGGAUGGACGAUUAAUAUUUCAGGGGUUUGAUAUUUUGGGGAACCAGAGAGGCGGGAGGGUCUGAUAAACACGCCGACUUAAGCGCCCUCUCCGGCGGUUAGAACCACUGGGUGGUACCGCUGUCUCCAAGCCGGGUGACUCUUCUAGAAAUCCCGUUUUACAGCAGUCUGCGUUGUUGUUGGAUCACAAAGUCGUGACACGCCUACUCUGUAUUUGUGGACCUUGGAUAAUUAUCUUCUGAGGACCGGGGGGAGCUCCAGGACUCACGCCGAGAAAGCAGCUCGGUCGCCGGGUGUGAUGUCUCGCUGCUGGGGGUGGAAUAUAUAUUUUUUAGAGCUCCAGGAGUUUUCUGCUCCACUUUAAGCUAAGACACACCCCGUGUUGUUGCACUGUUAUCGGUGUGUUGAGGAGGACAUGGCGGACUGCAGACCGGCAAACCCUGAGGCCACUGACAGCCGGACAUCGAGCCCUCUGGCCGGGAAGAAGCGGGCUCAGCAGUCCCCUGUUCCCCGGAACAAGCACCAGAUCCCGGAUCCUGGAGGACACUGCCUCCGGAAAGUCACCCUCACAAAGCCCACCUUCUGCCACAGCUGCAGCGACUUCAUCUGGGGGCUGGUGGGCUUCCUGUGUGAAGUGUGUAACUUCAUGUGUCACGAGAAAUGUCUGAAGACGCUGCGCUCAGCCUGUUCCUGCAUGACCCCGUCUCUGGUGCAGGUUCCUGUCUCUCACUGCUUCGGCCCGGCGGGUCAGAAGAAGCGUUUCUGCUCUGUCUGCAGGAAACAGACGGAGGGAAACACGGCGCUGCGCUGCGAAGUGUGUGAGCUGCACGUGCACGCUGACUGCUCUCUCUUCAGCUGUGCAGACUGCCGCAGCUCUCAGGUGGACGGCACGCUGCAGCAGGAUACGUUCCACCACCACUGGAGGGAGGGGAACCUCCCGGCGGCGGCGCGCUGCGACGUGUGUCGGCGCUCCUGCAGCUCGUCUGACGUGAUGACAGGGACGAGGUGUGAGUGGUGCGGCAUCACGACUCACGUGGCAUGCUACCUCAGCGUGCCAGCAGAGUGCACUCUGGGUCGUCUGCGCUGCAUGAUGCUUCCUCCCUCCUGCGUCCGCCUCGACUCCAGAAACUUCAGCAAGAUGCACCUGUACCGAAUCACAGAGAGCCCGGAGCAGGAUAGCUCUGAUGAUCUGGAGCCGUCUGCUGCAGCGUCUAAAGAGCCUCCGCCUGCAGAGUCAGGUAAGCAGGUGAUUAAGGUCUUUGACGGGGACGAUGCAGUGAAGCGUGGAUUAUUCCGGUUGGUCUCCAUCAGCCGAGCCACGAGGAACGAGGAAGUGGUGGAGGCGGUGUUGCGCUCCUUCUUCCUCCCCGGGGAUCCUCAGGACUUUGAGCUGAAGGAGGUCGUCGCCGUGCAGCGUCUCCAUAGCGACGACAUCCUCAACCGUAACGGGGACCAUGACAACCGUUCCCCCGACAACGGGACCCCCGACAACCGGACCCCCCCGAGGGAGGGUUGCCCCGACAACGGCUGGCUGCUGAGGCUCCGCCCCCGCAACCCCGAGGUCAUCGAGGUGUUCUCCAGCUGGAACAGGUCCUUCGUCUCGGUCUCCGUCUCUAAAGACAGCUCAGCAGAGACAGUUCUCUCAGAGGUCCUCAGGCGGCUGGACAGAAAGGAGGAGGAUGUGGUCCAGCUUCAGUCUGAUGGAGGUCUACAUGAGCAGCAAGCAAGUCCAGAGACAGACGCUGUCCCCUCAGGAGAAGAUUCUGGAGAAGCUGCAGGAGAUCAGGAAGGUGUCUUUGCGUCAGAUGAACCAGACGCGGUUGGUGGCGGUGCCGAACAGGAAGGGGGGGGUCCUCUCUGCUCAGCAGGGGGUCCAGGGAGUCUGCUGAUCGGAGGCCUGGACCCCCUGCUGAGCAGAGAGGAAUACGAGAGGCUGAUCCAGGAGCAGCUGACCAACAAGAGUCACCUGGUCUCCUUCAGUCACUUCUACUCCAGCCAAGGCGCGGUGGCGCUGCAGGUCUCGUGUUUCUCUGAGGCCGAGCGGGUCUUCAUGCUGGCGAGAGACACGAGCGUCAACGAGAAGAACCUGAGCUCUGUGGUGAUCCCAGAGAUCAUGCUGAACUGUCUCUCCCCGGACGUCUGUCCUCUGCUGGUGUUUGUGAACCCGAGGAGUGGAGGUCUGAAAGGAAGAGAUCUGCUCUACGGCUUCAGGAAGCUCCUGAACCCCCACCAGGUGUUUGACAUCUCCAACGGAGGCCCGCUGGCAGGUUUCUACUUGAGAUGUGAGGUCCCCAGGUUUCGGGUGCUAGUCUGGGGGGACGGGACCAUCGGCUGGGUGCUGGGGGUCCUGGAGGCCGUGACACAGCUGGUCUGCAGGGAACCCCCCAUCGGCAUCGUUCCUCUGGGGACAGGUAACGACCUGGCCCGGGUGCUUCGUUGGGGCUCAGGUUACAGCGGGGAGGACCCCCCUCACAUCCUGGUGUCUGUGGACGAGGCUGAGGAGGUUCUGAUGGACCGAUGGACCAUCCUGCUGGACGCUCAGCACCUCACUGAGGACGCUCACAGCUUCCUGGAGCCCCCCAAGAUUGUCAGAUGAACAACUACUUCGGUGCUGGGCAUCGACGCUGAGCUCAGCCUCGACUUCCAACCAGGCCAGCUGACCCCCCGGUUCCAUAAUAAAGGUGUGUAUGUGAAAGUGGGUCUGCAGAAGAUCAGCUGCAGCCGAAGUCUCCACAAAGAACUGAAACUGCAGGUCGAUGCUCAGGAGGUCCAGCUGCCCAACAUCGAGGGGCUCAUCUUCCUCAAUAUACCCAGUUGGGGUUCAGGUGCUGACCUCUGGGGGUCGGAGGUCGACAGUCGCUACGGGAAACCGAGGAUCGACGACGGGCUGCUGGAGGUCGUCGGGGUCACAGGGGUUGUGCACAUGGGCCAGGUGCAGAGUGGGUUGCGUUCAGGGAUCCGUAUCGCUCAGGGGAAUUACAUCCGGCUGACGGUCAGUAAGCCGAUCCCGGUGCAGGUGGACGGGGAGCCGUGGAUCCAGCCGCCAGGACACAUCAUCAUCUCUGCAGCCGGACCCAAGGUCAGGAUGCUGAGGAAGUCCAAACAGAAGCAGAAGAAAUCCUCCGCCUCGAAGGACGGACGCUCUGAAAGCCCGUCCUCCAGAGACGCAGCACACUGACCCCCCCCCCCCCCCCUGGAGAUCAGUUUCCUGCCUUUAACAGGCUUCCUGCUGCAACUGGGCGGCCAUUUUGGUUCUUGCUGUGAUGUACAGCCUGCAGACAGCGACAGGAAGUCCCGAAGGUUUAACUACAUCCUGCUGACUGAGCACUUCUCAUAUUCAGCAACUUAAAUGAACUUUCUUACUUUAAAACACAAGAGUUAUUAAUAGACUUUAAAAGCGUCUGCAUAGUUGACAAUUCCUCAGUAUGGAUAAGCUUCAAAGAGUCGAUCAAAAUUCAUCUAUUUAAGGAGUUUCUGUCCAGGUGUGACUGUAUGUACAGUAAGUAGGAGUCUAUUGUUAUUUAGUUGUGAUAAUAAUGUGCAGCUAUAUUAGAGAUGAUGUAUUAUAACUGCAGAGACUGACAGGCAGUUUCUGCACAAAGCUGUAACAACAUAACAUAAUCUAAACCACAAAUCUCUGCUGGAGACUGAGCUGGCUUUCUUCUCCUUCUGCUGCUGCUGCUGCUGUUGCGUGAAAUCCUUUAGUGAUGCUGGUUUCAGAUCAAUUUCAUGUUUUAGUGAAGCUCUUUAAAAGCGAAUAAGCGUGCAGAAUCAAACAUGUGUGCAGCUUCAGGGCGGAAGAUAUUAAAAAUAAAAGUCAGAUCAGUUGGAGCUGUGGGAGAAGCACAGUUUGUGUUUCAGCAACAACACCGACUAUUGUUAGGAUUAAAAGGAAAUGUUGUUUAUUUUCUCAUCAUCUUGUUAUAAAAAUGACUUGGCACACACUUUGUGAUAUGGAAAAGUAUUACGGGGAAGGCAUAAGAAGAAAAAAUGAGAAGAAAAAACGUAUUAUUUUUGCUUAACGUUGAGAAUAAAGUCAGAUUUAGAUGCAUAAUUGUGCCAGACCUGAGAUGAAAGUCAGAGCAGAAACGUGUCUUGCCUUUUGAGGAAUAAUGUUGAAAUGUAAAAAAUAAUCUCAACAUUUCAAGAUCAAAUCCAGACUACUAGCGUUAGCAUAUAGCAACUUUGUCAUGACAUUUGGACUUUUUCUGGAGCUAAAAUACAAAAAUCUCCCCUCAUUGUUCACCCGUAUGCCUGGCACUACUGUUCAUUAAUAACUUGUGAGCACAGAAUAAUAUAUCUUAUAUCUUAUGUGGAUUUGAAGACCUGGCAGCUUCAUUAUCUCCGUAUGCUUUUCACUCAAAUGUAGAUACUCACCAGAUGGAGAUCACAAGAUGAAUUGAAUAGCAUAAGCUAUGGCUAAGUGAUUAAUAUCAAAGUGACCAAGUUAGCGACCUUAACCGAACAAUUUUCUUCCAAGAUAUUUGGUAUUAUUAAAAACGAGUGCUGGUAUUUCACAGUCAAAAAAUGCUUAAAAACACGAUUGGAUAGCGUACUACAGCGUUAGCUAAAAUUAGCUUGUGAAACACGAUUAACAAAUGAAUUAAGAUGGUGUUGUUGCUACGAUACAAACUGUGCUGUACGGGAUGUUUUCAGUAAACAGCGGUGAUGUCUGACUGACUUUCUCUUCUUUCCAUCUUCUUAGAUAGCAGUUAGCUUGUUGAGUUGUUAAGGAACAAACUCAGAACUUAAAUUAGAAAAAUCUCUGCUAUUAAUUAUUUAUAAUGGCCAAAACUGUUUUAUAAAUCCUUAAAUGUUUAGAACAGAAAGCUUGCCCUUUUUGAAAUUUACAAAAUCGUGUCAAUGUUUGCAAAAAGACAGGAACUUGCCAGAAAACUAGCUAUUCAAGGCUACUAGCAUUACAGCGCCAUCACUAGCUUUCAAGUGGGUAAAUGUUAACUGGAAAGCUUUCUAGUGUGCCAAAAAAAAGAGCAUAAUUUGUAAAGAAAUUUACAAAAAUGGGGACACAAUGUGUCGUCAAGACUGAGUCAAAUACAUUACAGGUAGCACCAGAACAUACCUAGACAACUAGCUACAUUAGCAAGCUGGUAGCUAACUAGCUUGUCGCAACACAUUUAAAAUAAAGUAAAUAUUAUAGAGAGAAAUUAGGAGUAUGGACAAGAAUGAAACCCAUGAUUGUGAUGUUAGCUUGAAAAGUAGCUACAUUAAAGUGCCGUUACUAGCCUGUUUGCGUUUACAGCUAGCUAGCUUGCUUGUAUGCCAAAAUAAUACUUAAUUUGUAAAGAAAAUGGAGAAUAAGAAUUAGAAAAAUGUGCAGAGAUAAUGUGCCACUGCAACUGAGUUCAUGUGUUUACAGAUAGCAUCAGAAACAUCGAAAUAUGCUCAGUCAUGCUAGCUUGUAAAAAAUUGAAUUAAAUCAAAAUUCAAUACAUUUUUGGGAGAAAAAUAUUGUAAACUAAGAAUAUAGAUUAACUUAAAGGUUAAAACACAAUGUUAGAACUACACACUUGCUAAGAAGCUAGCUAAAUUACUAGCUAAAGUGACGAGAAACAUUGCUAGCUUGAAGAGCUAGUUAGCUUGUAGGCUAGUUAGCAAGCUAUAGGCUAUUGCCAAAACAAAACUUAACUUGUCAUUCAAAAAUAAUAUAAGGCAAUACAUUAAUAACUUACUAACAAGACGGAGUAGGAUUAUAUUGAUCUCAUUAUUAGUUAUUUUAAAGGAUUUAUUUGCAAUUUGAAGGUAAAAUUGCGGAAUUUAGGAACAAUUUAUUAAAAAAACGUCAGAAUAAAUUAGUUGAAAGGACUAAAAUAACAUCGUCAGGCACACAAUAAUUAUCAUAUUUUAUUAUAAGGCAGCCCCUUGUACGUUAUCCGAUCUGCAAUCCUAAAACAAUAACACUGAAUUAUUUUUUUACUUUUUAUUGUUAGAUUUUCGCUGUUAUUGUUGAUUUGCUGCCACUAGGACUUCUCUUAAAGACGAGCUUCAGCUGCCAGUUUACACUUAAAGACACUUACAGCAGGAUUUAAUGAAAGAGGAACUUCGCACACAUUCCUAGAGUUGCUUUAAGUGAAGAAACACAGAUUGAAAGACGAGGGAUCUUCCUCUGAAGGUCCGUAGCCACAGCAGUAUUAAAUCACUGUACUUUGGUCGAUAUAUUUAGGUGUUUUUAACCUGAAAUCUGUGUUAACUGGAUCAUGUUUGGUGUUUUUUCGGUGCUAGAAGGUUCGUUAUAGUUCUGUGUUUGACUUCAAGGAUCCUGUUUUAAUUCAAAGCCUCACACCGAUGCUUUGGAUGAAGGUGGAUCCGUCAUCAGUGGCAUUACCUGUUGGUUUCAUUAACUGUGGAGUGAAAUGCUUCUUCAGUCGACACUGUAUAGUUUGUGCACAUAGAAGCUGUUGCAGUGUGUUAUUACUAGUGUUGUGAAUUUACAGCAGUGUUAAACAUCCUCUUCCUUCACA